GAGCAGAGCUUUGAGCCUAAGGAAAUAAUGGCGAGCGAGGUCUCAAGGUUAGGAGCGCAAGCACAAAAUCAUCAGCCCAGGACCCAAGACAAGAGGAGAAUGGCUUAUACAAGUUCACAGAGAGAUGGAAAACCACUAGAUGCCAAGAUUCUGUAUCAGCAGACCUUGAGGCGCUUAGCUCAAAACAGAGAAGCAGCAAAGAAGAGCAGACUUAGAAAGAAGGCCUAUGUACAACAACUAGAAUCCAGUAGAAUAAAGCUUGCACAGUUAGAACAGGAUCUCCAAAGAGCAAGAUCACAGGGUCUCUUCACAGGAAGAGGCAAUGCAGGUGGAAAUAUGAGCACUGGAGCAGCAAUGUUUGAUGUGGAAUAUGCUCGAUGGUUAGAUGCGGACUACAAGCACAUGACAGAGCUUCGAGCAGGCUUGCAAGCCCACCUACCGGAUGGAGGUCUUAGGGUCAUUGUAGAUGAUUGCCUCAGACAUUAUGAUGAAAUCUUCCGGUUGAAGAGCAUCGCAGCUAAAUCUGAUGUAUUCCAUCUCAUAACUGGAAUGUGGAUUACUACUGCUGAACGCUGUUUCAUCUGGAUGGGCGGUUUCAGACCAUCCGAUUUGCUCAAGAUUUUGAAGCCUCAUCUGGAUCCAAUGACGGAUCAACAGCUGAUGGGGAUCUGCAGCCUGCAGCAAUCAUCGCUGCAGGCUGAGGAAGCCCUCUCACAAGGGCUGGAGCAGCUCCAGCAGGCGAUAGCCGACACGGUUUCAAGCGAGUCCCUCGACGGAAGUGCCAAUAUGGGGAACUGUAUGGGAAGUAUGGCAAUGGCAAUGGCACUGGGACAACUAUCCAACCUUGAAGGAUUCGUGCGACAGGCUGAUAAUCUGAGACAGCAGACUUUGCACCAACUAUGUCGAAUCCUGACAAUUAGACAAGCAGCAAGGUGUUUUUUGGCAAUUGGGGAGUACUAUAACCGCCUUCGUGCCCUAAGCUCCCUCUGGGCCUCUCGCCCUUGCGAGAACAUGAUCAUAGAGGAGAGCACCGGCCUCACAACCACAGACCUACAAAUGAUUCAUCAGCCACCAAUACAAAGUCAAUUUUCUGCAUUCUGAACGAGUUAUUCUCGUGGAGAUCAUGGCACAAUUAGCACCAUGUUUCCAUUUUUAUUUGUAAUGAGAGAGACCGAGAGAGGAGAUCCUGGGACGACGUCGAAAUGUGAUAUGAAGAUUGUUACCAUGUUGCAGAAUAUAUAGGCUGUGCUUAGAAAAGAGCAGAGGGGAAGGGGAAAUUUUGAAUAAUAUGACGGUAGUAGGCCUUAAUUAGGAACUAAAACAGAGAGAGAGAGAGAGAGAGAGAGAGAGAGGAGAGGAUGCGAGGUUUUGUAUCUUGAUCAGUGAUUCGUAGUCUAAAUAUAUUAUCACAAUCUAGAUAAGAAUGAGCAUUUCUUCCUGUUGCCACUACGCCCAUACAUCGCUAUCGAUGUAAAGUUCGUUUG